UUCACCGAGUUUCUGGGCACCGGAUGGUGUGACCCGCGUCAGCCCGCCUCGAGGAUCGCGGGGACCCAGCCAAUCCCUCUCUCAGCAUCCCAGCCGAGAAGGCAGUACGAUAGCUGUUCCCUGCCUGGAGACAAGCCCCUUCCCGCCUCGCUCUCCCAGCUGGUGUUCUGCAGCUGCAAGCCGGCAGGAAUCCAGCGGCCUCCGCGAGGAAACGCCCCCAGGCUUCCCUUAGGCCACGCCCUCCCCGUCCUGCGCGUGCGCCUCCACUAGUCUGGGCCACCUCUCGCUUGCCGUUUCUCAGUGGGGCCUCCGAACCUGCAGGGGGCGAUUACACCAGCGUCGCUUACUGUUUACGUCACCCUAGGCUUGCGUGGGGCUGCUUCCAGGUCAGAGGUCAGACGGUCCAGCGCGGCGUGGGCCAUGGUGCAGCUUCGGCCGCGCGCGUCCCGCACCCCGGCGUCGGCGUCGGCGAUGGUGGACGAGGGCCAGCCCACCUCGGAGGAGGAGGCGGAGCACGGCCUGUUGCUCGGGCAGCCCAGCAGCGGCGCGGCUGCUGAGCCGCUGGAGGAAGACGAUGAAGGGGAUGAGGAAUUGGACGACGAGGCUCCGGAGGAGCUCACUUUCGCCAGCGCCCAGGCGGAAGCUAGAGAAGAGGAGCGGCGGGUUCGGGAGACGGCGCGCAGGGAUAAAACACUUUUGAAAGAGAAGAGGAAGCGACGCGAGGAGCUGUUCAUCGAACAAAAGAAAAGGAAGCUCCUGCCGGAUUCUAUUCUAGAGAAGUUAACUACAGCUCCACAGACAAACAUAAAGAAAUCACCAGGAAAGUUAAAAGAAGUUAAUAUACAGAAGAAAAAUGAAGAAUGUGAAAAAGGAAGUGAUUCCAAGAAAGCUAAAGUACAAAAAGUGCAGUCUGUCGGCCAGAAUAAAAGCUACUUGGCUCUAAGGCUAAAAGAUCAAGAUCUGAGAGAUUCAAGGCAGCAAGCAGCCAAAGCCUUCAUACAAAAGUCUUUAUAUGGUCCAGGAACCAACAGAACUACAGUAAAUAAGUUCCUGUCUCUUGACAACAAGAGGUUACCAGUGAAAAAGGCUGCAGCCCAGUUUUUGAAUAGUGGUUGGGGAACCCAGAAAAAACAAAAUGCUAAGAGGUUUAAAAAACGGUGGAUGGUCAGAAAGAUGAAAAACUUCUAAGUAAAUGAAAGCUAAAUGAAGAACAGGAACUUUGCAUGUACAGAAGUUACAGUUUGGAAAAUUGAUUUGUCUUAAAAAAUCUAAUAAAUCAUUUAUAAAUCA